AUGGGAGAGGAGAAGCCAAAGUCAACUGGGGUGUGGCCGACCGUCAAGCCUUUCGUUAAUGGAGGUGCAUCUGGAAUGCUUGCUACAUGUGUCAUCCAACCUAUAGACAUGAUCAAGGUCAGAAUACAAUUGGGUCAGGGAUCAGCUGCUGAGGUGACAAAGAACAUGCUUAAAAAUGACGGCGUUGGUUCCUUUUAUAAGGGUUUGUCUGCUGGGCUUCUUAGACAAGCUACAUAUACCACUGCCCGCCUUGGAACAUUUAAGAUUUUGACGAACAAAGCACUUGAGGCCAAUGAUGGGAAGCCCUUACCGCUUUAUCAGAAGGCUCUGUGUGGGUUGACUGCUGGAGCAAUUGGAGCAUCUGUUGGUAGUCCUGCAGAUUUGGCCCUCAUACGCAUGCAAGCUGAUGCGACCUUACCGGUUGCCCAGCGACGGAAUUACACAAAUGCAUUCAAUGCCCUCUAUCGUAUCGUUGCUGAUGAGGGAUUUUUGGCACUGUGGAAAGGUGCUGGCCCUACUGUGGUCAGGGCUAUGGCACUGAACAUGGGAAUGCUUGCCUCUUACGAACAAAGUGCAGAGUUCUGCAGGGAUUCUCUUGGUUUUGGUGAGGCUACUACUGUGCUAGGGGCCAGUUCGGUAUCUGGAUUCUUUGCAGCAGCUUGCAGUUUACCAUUUGAUUAUGUCAAAACCCAAAUACAGAAAAUGCAGCCAGAUGCACAAGGAAAUUAUCCGUACACCGGUUCUUUAGAUUGUGCCAUGAAAACUCUCAAAUCAGGAGGGCCAUUCAAAUUCUAUACUGGAUUUCCAGUAUAUUGUGUUAGAAUUGCUCCUCAUGUCAUGAUGACGUGGAUUUUCCUGAACCAGAUUCAGAAAUUGGAGAAAUCUGCUGGGUUUUCAGAAGAGGAGAGCGAAAACGAGGAUCGGCGGCGGAGACAAAAUUCGACGGGGGAGAGUGCUAUCAACAUGAUGACCAUCAAGGCAGUUGCCAGCAUCUUCAUCUUCAUGGCCUCCAUUACUUCUUGA